AUGACCGGCACUGGUUCGGACGAUGCUUCCGCACAGGACAUCGGUGGGCGGCGUCUAAAGUCAGCUUCCGAGGUGAAAGACGCUGCCAGUGGGGAGGGCGAACACCAGGACAAUGCCGUAAGAAUUGGAGGUGGCUGGCAUGUCCUCAACUGGGAAGAGAUCGGCAGUCAAAGCAAUGGGCUUAGCCCACGCUCGCCCACCAGAACCUGCAGCGGUAGUUAUCCAGGAGGUCCAGGAGAAAGACAUCCAUUUGCACACGGAGCACCCUCCAGGCACAUGCCCGGGUAUCGGUUUGCCUAUGGUGCUUACACCAUCGGCACAGCGCCUGGAAACACUGUGCCAAGCACCGAUCCUGCUCGGCUUGCCAAAGAGGUCAGCCGAGGAAGGUUGCGCCCAAGGUACGGCUUCUAUCGUGUGCUGAGACCUCGCUCAGCACUCGGCCCCACCUCUUGUCAGAGGCCGGGUAGACCUCGGAAGGGCCCCAUGGUGCGAGAGCAACGUGCUGCAAUCUGGCCGGAUGCUACCAUCGAUGGGGCGACCGACGAGCACAUACCUCCUGACGAGGAUGCCGGUGAAGGUUUCCUUGGACCCGAUGACGGGAGCAUGUACCCGAACGGGCGAUCAUGCUUGCCGGCGUCGAGCGGUCCUGGGGAGGUUAGCUCGCCGCAAGCACCGGCAGGCUCCAGGACGCGACCAAGCUCGGCGCGAUCUUCAAGGGAAACCUUGAGUGUUAUGGCUCAGGUGGCAGAGUCUUCACCGGCCUGA